AUGGAGGAGAAGAGAGCUAUGUUGAAGUCACUGAUCCUGUUAAUGUUGUUUCUCAGUUUUACCCUCGAAACCGUGGCUGCGGAGAGCUUCUGUCAUGCGCAACGUCGGAUGUUGAUUAACGCGUGCACGAGCUCGAUAUUAAGGUCUCCAACUGCUCAAUGUUGUCUUAGAAUUAGGAGGACUCCUAUGUGGUGCGUUUGUUCUAUUGUAACCCCACAGCUCGCGGCUACCAUCAAUAUCGAUAAGGUCAAGUACGCCGUUGGAGUCAUCCGUCAAUGUGGUCGACCCGUAGCCCGCGGUACCAAGUGUGGAAGUCUUACGGUUCCAUGA